CUUCGUUAUUUUAGUAUACUUUUGAGUGAGAGGGAAAAAAUAGGUUAAGAGAAAAAUGAGGUUCAUUUUAGUGGUUUUGGCUCUUGCUGUGGUUGCAACAAAUGCAAGGAAUGUGCCAGUUGGAGAAGUUGGUUUGAAGGAUGAAAAGAAUUACAUUGGUGGGAUCGGUAGUUUUGGAGGAAUUGGCAACAAUGGACUUCCUUUUGGAGGUGUAGGCAUCGGCGGUGCUGGUGAUGCUGGUGGUGGUGGUGGACUCCCCGGACUUGGUGGUGGUGGUGGACUUGGUGGUGGUGGUGGAGGACUAGGUGGUGCCGGUGGACUUGGUGGUGGUGGUGGCGGCUUCGGUGGACUCCCUGGAUUUGGUGGUGCAGGUGGACUCCCCGGACUUGGAGGUGCUGGUGGUGGUGGUGUCUUUCCUCAGCCUUAAGUUAUAAGUUAAUUAGUUACCAGGGAGUUUACUUUUUCUUAAGAAAAUAAAAAAAAAAAGUUUAUGUUGGGUUUGUUAUCGCAAUGUUUCAUUUUAGUGGUUUUAUUAAGAUUAGAUUUUUCAUCUAGAGAAAGUGUGUUAUAGCUAGUACCCGACUAGUUUGUUUUCUAAUGAUGUGUUCUUUUCUUUCUAAUGUAAGGGAGAUACAUUUCAUGAUUUCCAAGUUUAUUAGUUAAAGUUGAAAAUUUAAGCAUAUGAAAUAUUAUAUUUUGUGAUA